CCUGCUAAUAACACUCUCUUCUCCUUACCAAUUACUUUUUUCACUUAAAGUUUUACAAUCACGGUGGGCACAAUGAGUUCCUCAGGAGAAGAACGAGGUGUUGUUGUUGCGGAGCCCGAGCCACCAAGAGGGAAUAGAAGCCGAUUUGCUUUUGCUUGUGCAAUCUUAGCAUCAAUGACGUCUAUAAUCCUUGGUUACGAUAUAGGAGUGAUGAGUGGAGCUGCAAUUUUCAUAAAAGACGAUUUGAAACUGUCGGAUGUACAACUUGAGAUUCUUAUGGGGAUUCUGAAUAUCUAUUCUAUAAUCGGUUCAGGCGCGGCCGGUAGAACUUCCGAUUGGAUUGGAAGAAGAUAUACCAUAGUGUUGGCAGGAGCCUUCUUCUUUUGUGGUGCUCUUCUCAUGGGCUUUGCCACAAACUAUCCUUUCAUUAUGGUGGGUCGUUUCGUAGCUGGUAUCGGUGUCGGUUAUGCUAUGAUGAUUGCGCCUGUUUACACCGCUGAAGUCGCUCCUGCCUCCUCACGUGGUUUUCUUAGCUCUUUCCCUGAGAUAUUUAUCAACAUUGGUAUACUUUUAGGAUAUGUGUCCAACUACUUCUUCUCCAAGCUUCCCGAGCAUCUCGGUUGGAGGUUCAUGUUAGGGAUUGGAGCGAUUCCCUCGGUAUUCCUAACCAUUGGAGUGUUGGCAAUGCCGGAGUCUCCACGGUGGCUAGUCCUCCAAGGUCGCAUUGGAGAUGCUUUUAAAGUUCUUGAUAAAACCUCAAACACUAAAGAAGAAGCCAUCUCUAGGCUCAAUGACAUCAAACAUGCAGCUGGAAUCCCUGAUGAUAUGACAGAUGAUGUUGUAGUCGUGCCGAAAAAGAAGACUGCCGGUAAAGGCGUGUGGAAGGACCUUCUUGUUCGACCAACCCCGGCUGUUCGACACAUCCUCAUAGCAUGCUUUGGCAUCCACUUAGCCCAGCAAGCCUCUGGAAUCGAUGCGGUCGUGCUUUACUCUCCGACCAUCUUCUCAAAGGCUGGACUGAGAUCCAAGAAUGACCAGCUUUUGGCUACGGUGGCAGUCGGAGUUGUCAAGACCCUCUUCAUCGUGGUAGGGACUUGUGUGGUUGAUCGGUUUGGACGUCGUGCCUUGUUGCUUACGAGUAUGGGCGGAAUGUUUAUUUCCUUGACAGCACUUGGAACUAGUCUCACAGUAAUCAACAGGAACCCCGGACAAACUAUCAAGUGGGCUAUAGGGCUUAGUUGGGCUAUAGGGCUUAGCGUUACAACGGUGAUGUCUUUUGUGGCAACAUUCUCAAUAGGCGCAGGCCCCGUGACGUGGGUUUACUGCUCAGAGAUAUUCCCCGUGAGGCUAAGAGCUCAAGGUGCAAGUUUGGGAGUGAUGUUGAAUAGACUUAUGAGUGGUAUUAUCGGAAUGACAUUCCUGUCUCUUUCUAAGGGUCUCACAAUUGGUGGUGCGUUUCUUCUCUUUGCCGGAGUUGCGGCCGCCGCAUGGAUCUUCUUCUUCACUUUCCUUCCGGAGACACGAGGUGUGGCUUUAGAAGAAAUAGAGAGUCUCUUCGGAAGCUACAGUGCAAACAAAAAGAACAAUGUUACGAGCAAGGGUAAAGAAGUUGUUGAUGAACUAUGAGAGUGAGAACUUUUUUGUUUCCAUUUCAUUAUUUGGUCAAUGGAACGUCAAAAGAUUCUCGUAACUGAGUCUUCAAGGGGCGAGUGCGACUACAAAGAAGAUUAUAGCAGAGGAUUUGACUUGUCAUGUUUAAUCGGACAUUUUCGACAGCUUUAAUAAGUUUUUUGUUUUUUUUUUUUUGCGAAAAAGAGUAAGAAACUCUUCAUCUCUAUUCUUUUAUUAAUUCUAAUAGGUAGGUUUAAUUAAUUUGUUUGGACGAAUUAUUAAGGUACGUUUCAGUUAUUUGCAAGUUUAUAUAACUCAAAAGUGUGUAUAUUG